AUGUCUAUCCCUCCUGCUGCCCCAACUAUACACGGUAAACUCGUCGACAAACAGUCUAGAUGUGAGCACUGGCACGGACCCUUGGACGUCAUUGCCCUCAAACUCAAAUGUUGCAACAAAUACUACACGUGCUACGAGUGCCAUAACGAACUGGAAUCGCAUCCCAUAUCGAAAUACAACAUUGCAGAACCACACGUCAAUCUCAUCGUAUGCGGCGUAUGCAACCAUGAAAUGUCGUUCGAUUCGUAUGCAUCGGAGUUAAAGUGUCCGCGCUGCAGCGCGCCCUUCAACCCGGGAUGUAAACUACAUUACGAUAUGUACUUUUAUAAAGGAGACAAAUAG